AUAGCAACGAGCUCUCUAUAAAUACCGUCGGGAUCCUUUUACCGGCUCGCACACCAGUUUCACCCACGAAGGAAGUGACACAGCCAGCUCAUUUUUUUAUCCCAGCAUUCUGGUCUAAUGGACACACUCUUUGUAAAUGCUUUUCAAGAAUCAUCAGUCUAGUAAGACUCGCACUGGCUACUCAGCAGGCCCAGGCCUUGAGUUGUAUUUGAAGGGAUUCAACUUCACUGGUGAGCCGCCUUGGCUUCUCUGCACCUGAGAAAACAGCAACGCUAAAUCCCAUCUCUUUCCUAUCCAAGACUUCUUGUGACCAUGAACACUGCCACUUCCACCGAGUUUGACUUCUCUUUCUUGGAAGAGGGCUUCUCCGCCCGGGAUAUUGUUGAGCAGAAGAUCAACGAGUCAUCCACCACGGAUGACCGGGAUGCCUUUUACGUCUGUGACCUGGGAGAUGUGCUAAAGAAACAUCUCCGCUGGGUGAGGGCGCUGCCUCGAGUCACUCCUUUCUAUGCCGUCAAAUGCAACAACAGCCGGGCUGUGGUCAUGACCCUGGCGUCCCUGGGAGCCGGCUUUGACUGUGCAAGCAAGAAUGAAAUUCAGAUGGUCCAGUCUCUGGGAGUCGAUCCAAGCAGAAUAAUCUAUGCAAACCCCUGCAAGCAAGUUUCUCAAAUCAAGUAUGCAUCUGCCCAUGGGGUGCAGAUGAUGACCUUUGACAGCGAAGUGGAACUCAUGAAAGUGGCCCGCUGUCAUGAAAAUGCCAAACUGGUGCUGCGUAUUGCCACAGAUGACUCAAAGGCAGUGUGUCGCCUGAGUGUGAAGUUUGGGGCCCAACUCAAAGCUUGCCGUGGUCUUCUGGAGUGUGCCAAGGAGCUGCAGCUCGAUGUGAUCGGUGUCAGCUUCCACGUUGGCAGUGGCUGCACCGAUCCGCAGACCUACAGCCAGGCUAUCGCCGAUGCCCGCUGCGUCUUCGAUAUGGGGGAUGAACUGGGCUUCAACAUGGAUCUGUUGGACAUUGGAGGAGGUUUCCCUGGUUCAGACGAAGCUGAACUCAAAUUUGAAGAGAUCACAGGAGUGAUUAGCCCAGCCCUGGACAAGUUCUUUCCUGCUGACAGUGGUAUUAAGGUGAUUGCCGAGCCAGGGCGCUUUUAUGUGGCCUCUGCCUACACCCUAGUAGUAAACAUCAUUGCCAAAAAGGCCAUUGUGGACGACGAGUCAGCCUCUGACGAGGAAGACGAAGGGACCAAUGAUAAGACUCUGAUGUACUAUGUCAAUGAUGGAGUUUAUGGAUCCUUCAACUGUAUACUCUAUGACCACGCUCACUGUUUGCCAACACUACUUAAGAAGCCAAAGCCGGAUGAGGUCAUGUACCCCUGCAGUAUCUGGGGCCCGACAUGCGACGGCCUUGACCGCAUCGUGGAGCAGUGUGACCUGCCUGACCUUCAGGUGGGCGACUGGCUGGUCUUUGAGAACAUGGGUGCCUACACCGUGGCCGCCUCCUCCACCUUUAACGGCUUCCAGAGACCCGACAUCUACUACGUCAUGUCCCGCACUGCCUGGCAACAGGUGCAGCAGAUCUGUUCCCAGGGCUUGCCACCUGCGGAAGAGUCCUGUGUGUUGGACGUGCCCGCUUACUGCGGUCGAGAGAGCAACUUGGAGCUGCCCUCUAAGCCCUGUCAUGCCCAUGUGGUUUAAACGCCUGCUGGACAUCACAGCAAUGCUCUAUGGAUCAGCACCAUUUGGUUAUUAAUUGUUGAAGUCUUUUUCCAUUUUUUUUUCUCCAAAUGACCAUCAACAUUUAAAGGCCAGUAACUUUCAGGAGGAGAGGGACCAGCUGCUACAAAACCUUCUGUGGUCUGUAUAGAAUUAAGAAUCAACCGAAUGAAGGCAGCCUGAAUCUCACUCUGAUUGUGUUAGGGGACAUCUGUGUACUCCAGCUCAUUGCUGCACGCCCCCUCACCAAUUCUGAGUGGAACUUGCGUAGUGUAGUAAUCAAUAAACAAUUUUUCCUAACUAAAAUGUGCAGGUAGAUAAACUUUUUUUGCUAAAUAAAUUUAAAAUCUACUUUAAUGUUUCAAGAAACACACACAAAAUAAGUUAUUUCUGUGUGUCUGGGCACUAAAGUGUGACUCAUUUGAAUGAGACUACUAUAGGUGCGAGCAUUAAUCAUUUUAGCGCCACAUUUGUUCUGCUCCCCUGACAAAAGUUUCCACUAAAAAAUAAACAUGGUUUAUACUUAAAAUGCAGGGACUCGAGACACAGACUGCACCUCUCCUCUACUCCACCUUUAUAUUAUAUUUUUUUGUUUUGUGUUAAGGUCAAGAAGUCUGCUUGGAUAUGAUUUAAGAGGUGUGAAAACCAUACAUUUAAAAUGGAUAUGAAAGAGAUGGGAUUGCAAAGUCAUAAUGCUUUCCUAUGGAAACCGUUUUGUAUUUUUUUAAUAAAUAAAGCAUUAGGUGCAUAACCAAA